CGUAAAGCGAGUCGCUCGGCUUAACCAAUAGGAAAAAGCAAACUGUGGAAAGUGUACGUUUUGACUUUCGUACGUUUAAGUACGUUUUCUGCCACUACACACGCAGCAGAAGAUUAAUCACAUACCAGUAAUUUUUUUUUUUAAUAACGUCGUGAAUUCUCACAGAUAGAUCACAUAUCAGUAUCACCUUCGGAGGUUAAUCACAUGCUGUGACUUGUGAGUUCGCGCGUCGCCAUCGUUUUCAAACGUAAGCGUUUGAUUGGUCAGUCUUAAGGGAGACUUCUUGUGUGACGGGUCAAAAAAAUCGAAAAAUUUUUUUUUUCAUAUUUUUAUAGUUUGACAUCUCAAAAAAGUGUCUUUAAAAUAUUAAGACGAAAUUCAUUAAAUUGACGAAGUUAUAAAGGACGCAGCCUCCAUAUGGCGCGCCGACCGAGUUUUCCAUGCGGCGAGCACAUCGUUGCGUAUCAGGUAGUGUUCUCACACCUAGCCAGAUGGUGCUUAGGACGAUUCUUUGUGAUCCCUUAGGGGAAUAUCGUUUAAAAUUUCCGUUACAAGAGGUUCGUUGAGAUUAGUCUGCUCUCGUACUCCGAACGAAACAGACGCGAAUUUUUGGAGUAAACAUGGAGAGAAAAGGUAAACAAGGAGGUCACAAACGUUCGAUUAAACGAAAAUUUACCAAUAAUCAAUAUACUAUUGAAGCUGAGACUAGUUAUGCUAGUACAUCGGCAGAAAAAAUAAGAAACACUGGAGACAAUGAGCUUCGUAUUAAUAGAGAACAUAACUAUAAUAUUUUCAACUUCUUUUCGGUUUUUUCUGCGAUCAGUGCACUUGUUAUUUGUAAAAACUGCAAAAAGGACAUAACAUUUAAUGAAGCAAGUCCUCGUGGAUUGGGAUUCAAAAUAGCAGUAGAAUGCAGCUGUGGUGUAACUUAUAUAAAUUCGUGUCCUUUAAUUGAUAACGCUUACGAAAUAAACCGCAGAAUUGUUCUUGCCAUGCGACUUAUAGGCGUAGGUAUAAACGGACUGAAUUUAUUUUGCGGUAUCAUGGAUUUUUGUCAAGGACUUUCUAAUACCACUUAUUAUGCAUGUCUUCAAAACAUCUAUUGUGCAAGCGAAACCGUGUAUAACAUUGUGACGAGGAAAGCAGUCGACGAAGAGAAAGAAAAGAACGCUGAACACGGUAAUCCACCAUCGGAAUUGAUUGUAUCCGGAGACGGCACGUGGAAGAAAAGAGGCUUCAGCUCUUUAUUUGGCGUCUCUACACUCAUUGGCAUUUACAGCAAGAAAGUAAUAGAUGCACUUGUAAAAUCAAGUUUUUGUCAAGCAUGCAGUACAUGGAAAAAGAAUUUUGACACUGUGGAGUAUCAAAAUUGGAAAGAAUCCCAUGAAAAUGAAUGCACCAAUAAUCAUGAAGGAUCUGGCAAGAUGGAAGUAGAUGCGGUAAAAGAAAUGUUUUUACGGUCGAUGAAUAAAUAUAAAGUAAAAUAUAAGAGAUAUGUAGGAGAUGGAGAUAGCAAGACAUUUAAAUCUCUUUCGGAGGCUCUGAUAUACGGGGAAGAUUUUAUAAUUCAGAAAAAAGAAUGUGUAGGACAUGUACAAAAAAGGAUGGGUACGAGAUUACGUAAUGCUAAGAAGAAAAACAAAGGCAUCGGUGGAAAGGGAGCAGGAAAAUUAACCGACAAAAUUAUUAGUGAAUUGAGUACAUACUACGGGUUGGCAAUAAGAAGAAAUCCGGAGUCAGUUGAAGAGAUGAGGAAUGCUAUAUGGGCUACAUUUGAUCAUAAAAGAUCGACCGACAAGAAUCCACACCACGAGCGUUGUCCUAAAGGGUCCACGAGCUGGUGCGCAUGGCGUAAAUCGGAAGCUGCAGGAACAUUGUCUACUUUCACACAUGACAAGACACCGCUGAAUGAUGAAGUGUUAAAUGUUAUUCGACCUAUUUAUGAAGAUUUUAGUAAUGAUACUUUAUUAGAACGAUGCCUCGGAGCAUACACACAAAAUAAUAAUGAAAGUCUGAAUGCGUUAAUUUGGAAAAUUGCACCAAAACAUUUGCACUGCGGGACCAAAACGGUGGAAAUUGCUACUUUUUUGGCAGUAUGUAUUUUUAAUGAAGGUUUCAAUUCAAUUUUAAAAAUCAUGAACAUAAUGGGACUAAAAAUCGGCCAAAAUGCCAAAACUUUCGCCGAUAAUAGAGACAACGAGCGCGUCAAACGUUCGGAGCAGCACACAUCACAUGAGGCAAAGAAGGCCAGAAUUACCAAGAGACAGGAAAAAACUGAUCAACACGAAUUUUUUGAAGUUGAGGAAGGUCUCUUAUAUGGCCCUGGCAUAGCUGACUAAGGAUGACCAGGACCGUAUCAAUCGUGGCGCCCGAUGGAGGAGGAUUUUAAAACUUACUUUUUUAAAUAAUUUGUAUUUUCCAUAAUUUUGAGUAAAAAGGUUUGAAAAAAAUUGAGGUACUUUUUAAAAGAUGAAUAAGUUUAAGUAUAAAACAUUAAAUCUGUAGGUCUAACCAUUUUUUUUAAAUUAAUUCUUAAAAAUUGCAUUGAAAACGGCCCGUCACACAAGAAGUCUCCCUUAAGUCAUAAGUCUUAGAAGUUGGCUGUUGGCCAACUUCACCGAUUCACCGAUCAGACUCACCGAUUACCCUUCCGACUCUCUUCCGACUCA